AUGAAUUCAAUCAGGCUAAUUGUAAAUUCUUUUGAUAAUAUACUACCUGGUAAAUCAGAUUUUGAGUUAACAUCAACUGAUGAUCAAUUACAAGAUGAUGAACAACAACCUGAAAAAAUAGAGGAAUCACUACAACCACAAUCACAAAGUAAUCAAGAUUCACUUAUAGACAAUAUAGAUGAAGAUACUCAGAAAAUUGUAGAGAAUAAUACAAUAAAAGGACCAUGUAAAUUACCAAAAUCAACGGAGAUAAAUGUUGAUGAAGAAUUAGAGGAACUAGACGGAGAAAAUAAAGAUGAAGUAAAUCUAACAGAUCAAGAUGAAGUAGACGAUACUCAAACUUCACAAACCACAACAUCACAAUCAACAAUUUUAUCAUUCUUUUUAACAAUUUGGAAAAUCAUAUAUUUCUUCCCAAAUUACCUUAUAAUAAAACCAAUAAUCAUAAUAAUUAAUAUCAUAAUAUUUCCAUUCACAUUAUUAAAAAAUUCUUUAGGAUUUGGAACAAAAUCAAAUAUACAAAAUCCAAUAUAUGAUGAAAAAAUCGGAGAAUUUGAUUCAAGUGACGUAGAAGAUGAUCCAUUAGUAACUAGAGAAAAACCAUCAAAAGAAACAAAACAACAAAAUCAAAAACAAUCAACACCAGAAUCACCUAAAAGUAAUGACCAAUAUAAUGAUUAUGAAGAUGAAAAAAUAUUACAAAUUAAACAAGAUAAUAUAAUAGCAAAUGAAAUAAAAUCACCAACUUCAUUUACAAAAUAUAUGAUUCCACCACCUCAAAGAUUAUAUCCAUUAUCAAGAAAUCCACAAAAGAAACGUAAAAAGAAAAUUCUUAUAUUAGAUCUUGAUGAAACUUUAAUUCAUUCAUUAUCAAGAGGUUCACCAAGGUCAUUUAAUCCAGCAACACAAUCUAAAAUGAUAGAAAUAAGAUUGAAUAACAUAUCAUCAUUAUAUUACGUUCACAAACGUCCUUACUGUGAUUAUUUUUUAAGUGAAAUUUUUAAAUGGUUUGAAUUACAAAUAUUUACAGCAAGUGUUAAGGAAUACGCAGAUCCAAUUAUAAAUUGGUUAGAAGAAGAAAUAUUAGAUCAACUUAAAAAACAAAAAUAUGAUAUAUCACAAUCUCCUAAAGAAUUAACAUCUUCCAAUUACUCAAAACCAACAAUAUUCACUAAGAGAUACUAUAGAUCAGAUUGUUCAUAUAGACCAGGGGUAGGUUACAUCAAAGAUUUAAGCAAGUAUAUUAAAGAUGAUGAAUUGAAAAAUGUAAUGAUAUUAGAUAAUUCACCAAUUAGUUAUGCAUUACAUGAAGAAAAUGCAGUAAGUAUAGAAGGUUGGAUAAAUGAUUCAAAUGAUCGUGAUUUAUUAAAUUUAUUACCAUUAUUGUAUAGUUUAAGUUUAUGUAUUGAUGUAAGAUAUAUUUUAGGACUAAAAAAUGGGGAAAAAUUAUUUGAAUAG